AUGCCUAAGGCUGCUGCCGGUAAGCGUGGUACUAAGGUGACCAAGCGCGCCAAGAAGGACCCCAACGCCCCCAAGCGUGGUCUCUCCGCCUACAUGUUCUUCGCCAACGAGCAGCGUGAGAACGUCCGUGAGGAGAACCCUGGUAUCUCUUUCGGCCAGGUCGGCAAGCUCCUCGGUGAGCGAUGGAAGGCUCUCAACGAGAAGCAGCGUGCCCCUUAUGAGGCCAAGGCUGCUGCCGACAAGAAGCGAUACGAGGAUGAGAAGCAGGCUUACAACGCCGACCAGGAGGAGGAAGAGUCUUCCUAG